CCGGGUCUGUUUCUUUGUAUGUUUUUAUGUGCGGAGUCCAUUGUUUUAUAGCGGAUUUAGCAUUGUAACUACAGUGGGUGUUUUUUCUGCUGUUACUAUACAGCGAACCAUAUAACUGACGGAUCUUAGCUGGCCGCUAUCUAACGUAGCAAGCUAACUAGCUUGCUACAGAGCUGGUUAACUUCGCAGGAUGAGAAGUAGUUUGCACUUAGUUAAAUGACAGCAUGUGUUCGUCCCCCUCGUUUUUUGACCUUACAGUCUCUAGCGAUGCAUUUCGUAUAUGUGUGGUACAGUGUUAUUCUAAAAGCGUAUUAAACGGAGAUGUUCUGUUUUGUGGCAAAGCCUCGUUGAAACCGGAGGCGACUGAGGUGGGUAGCGGCGCAUCAUGGACCGAUCGAGUGGACAGCAACCUGCCGCGUCGGCUGCCCACCUGUAGCACCAGCGUUAUGGCGCACACAACCGACGGCAUCAGAGACAGCACGGUGGUAUGUGUCGGUAAAGAAGGUGCGCCCGGCGCCGCUCCGAUGGUGAACGGCGGUAUCUCGGCGCCCGGCUCCUCCUCCUCCCUGCCCCCGCCCCGCUCCCUGUCCCUCCCCACCUACCGGCCCUCCCUGCUCUUCAGCGGCCCGCCGGAGGAGGACCGGGUCAGCCUGGCGUCCCAGGACUCGGGCAUCCCCACCCUGGAGAUCAACAACCCGGAGCACAUCCACGCCCGGUCGGGCCCCGGCGAGGGCCCCGCCACGCUGACGCUGGAGCCGGCGGACGGCGGCGGCCCGCGGAAGUCGUCCACGUUCCCGCGCAGCGCCCACGACGCGGCGCGGCUCUUCAGCCCCGGCGCCCGCAGCGCGCUCAACCGCAGCGACGACAUCUCGGUGUGCAGCGUCUCCAGCCUCAGCACCGAGCUGUCCGCCACGCUGUCCGCCAGCAACGAGGACAUCCUGGACUUCAUGGUCACCUCCGACUCCAGCGCCAUCGUCGCCCUGGAGACGGACGACACGCACUUCUCCGACGUCACGCUCUCCUCGCCCGUGGAGUGCGGGGACCUGUGGAGCCCCCGGCGACGGCCCCCCGCCGCCUCGCAGGAGGACGCCCGCGUCAAGAGACUGGGGCCCCUGGCCAGCUUCUUUACCAGGAGUCUGUUUGCCAGGAAGGUGAAGGAGCCCCGGCCUCUGGAGCAGAGGGAGCCGGGCUGGAAGCUCUUUGGGAAGGUUCCCCUGAGGGAGGCGUCCGUGAAGGACCCCCGCAAAAUCCAGAAGGAAUAUGAAACAAGAAGUGGAAGACCUGGCAACCUGGCAUCUCCCAAACAGAGCGUGAGGAAGAACCUGGAUUUCGAGCCCCUGUCCACCACAGCGCUUAUCCUGGAGGACCGUCCAGCGAAUCUUCCGGCAAAGCCAGCAGAAGAGGCGCAGAAACACAGACAGCAGUAUGAAGAGAUGGUGGCUCAGGCCAAGAAGCGAGAGAUGAAGGAGGCACAGAAGAGGAGGAAGCAGCUGGAGGACAGGUGCAGGCUGGAGGAGAGCAUCGGCAACGCUGCGCUCACCUGGAACCAGGAAAUCCUCCCCAACUGGGAGACCAUGUGCACGUCUCGGCGUGUUCGGGAGUUGUGGUGGCAGGGCGUGCCCCCCAGCGUCAGGGGCAGGGUGUGGAGCCUGGCCAUCGGAAACGACCUCAACAUCACCCACGAGCUCUACAGUAUCUGCCUGGCCAGAGCCAGAGAGAAGUGGAAAGCCAUGCCAGCCUCGGGCUCUGACACCGACGGCGAAGAUGCUGGACUAUCUGUAGCAGACAAAGAAGCGAGUCUGGAGCUGAUAAAGUUAGAUAUUUCCAGGACGUUCCCCAGUCUCUGUAUAUUCCAAAAGGGUGGCCCUUAUCAUGACAUGCUGCACAGCAUUCUGGGAGCCUACACCUGCUACAGGCCAGAUGUGGGAUAUGUACAAGGCAUGUCCUUCAUUGCUGCAGUGUUUAUUCUGAAUCUGGACACUGCAGAUGCUUUCAUGGCUUUUACCAACCUGCUGAACAAACCCUGUCAGAUGGCAUUCUUUAGAGUGGACCACAGCCUUAUGUUGACUUACUUUGCGGCAUUUGAAGUGUUCUUUGAGGAGAAUCUACCAAAGCUGUUUGCACAUUUUAAGAGCAACAACCUAAGUCCCGAUAUUUAUUUAAUUGACUGGAUCUUCACCCUGUACAGUAAGUCUCUGCCCCUGGACCUGGCGUGCCGCGUGUGGGACGUGUUCUGCCGGGACGGAGACGAGUUCCUGUUCCGCACGGCUCUGGGCAUCCUGAAGCUGUACGAGGACAUCCUGACCCAGAUGGACUUCAUCCACAACGCGCAGUUCCUCACCAAGCUGCCCGAGGACAUCUCUGGGGACGCGCUGUUCGCCGCCAUCGCCACCGUCCAGAUGCACAGCAAGAACAAGAAGUGGGCUCAGGUACUGCAAACAUUACAGAAGGAAGAGCGGGGCAGUCCUGUCCUUAAACACUGAGUCACAGAACACACACACACACACACACACACACACACACACUCACACUCACACUCACACAGCUUUAUGAUCACAGUAAUGGCAUAUAUAAACAUAUAUUUGUAAAAGCCAUUUGUAUGAGCUAUGCCUUGCUGGGGGGACAGUGAGGUCACCCUGAGAAACACAUUCACUCACACACACACACGCACACACACACGCACAAACACACGCACACAGAGAAACACAUUCACUAACACACACACACACACGCACACACACACGCACACAGAGAAACACAUUCACUCACACACACACACACACACACACACACACACAAACACAUUCACACACACACACCAUACACACACACACUGAGAAACACACAUGCACACACAGAGAAACACAUUCACUCUCUCUCUCUCUCACACACACACACACACACAGCUUUAUGAUCACAGUAAUGGCUUAUAUAAAGAUGGAUUUGUAUGAGCUAUGCCUUGCUGGGGGGACAGUGAGGUGAGGUGAAGCUGGGGCAGAGGAUGCUCUUGACUCGUAUGCGGGCCAAUCUCAUCAGACACUGGACCAGAACCUUUAGCAGAACUCGACAGAAUAAGCCUUAAGCACUGCCCUCACCCCCCCACUCCAUCCCCCCUCCCCCCAGGUAAAGACUGAUGUAUACCAAACGAAGAAAUAAACGGAUGUCAACGAAUGUAAACACCUUCCAUAUCUUAUCAGGGUUUCUACUGGACACUGGACAUCAGUUCCCAAAAUGAACUCUGUUACUCCUUUGGGCAUUUUCACAUUUGCUGUUGCUUUGAGUUCUCUUUACAGUCAAUCAGUCUGCUGUCAUUCCGGUGAUGUUUUGAGUUUUGGCUUUUUUUUUUUUUUUUUGGUUGGCUUUUUAAAAAUAUAUAUAAAAUGUUUUCGGGAAUACACACACAACUCCAAAGGGUCCGUGUCUUAGAGCAGUGAACUGAAUUGGGGGCAUAGAGUGGGAAAAAUGUAAUUCUCAAAGCUACCGUUGCUCCUGCUGUAAAGGGACAGCAAUGGUCACUUGAUGCCACAGACGCAGGGUUUAGGACAGGGGCACAGCUUGCGCAACGGAGCUGCCAUAGGAUGGGCACUAGUUAUUUUGUCUCACUGGGUACUCUGUGGAUUUUUUUUUUUUUUUUUUUUUUUUUUUUUUUUUUUUUUUUUUUUCCUUGUUUGACGUUCGUUUUUGUUCUGGUUGGUUUGUGCACAUUUCAUUUUGGAAAGUGGUGUUUUUAUGACUGUUGAUGAGGUUUGAUGUAGAACUGUAGCUUUUCUUCUGCGGCUUUUUGUUCCCUCCGUGUACCUUUCUCUCAGUCAUUCUGCACUAGAGUAUUUCGUCUCAAUGAAAUCUUUCUACUUGAUUCUUGAAAAGUACGUUUUAGGUCCGUAUAACCUUAUUUUUGUGUACCAUUCCAUCUGUAUAAACUUGUAAAGCUUAUGUAUAUGUGGUUGAAAUUGCUGCCGAGUAGACUGGAUUCUGAAUCUGAAACACAUUUAUGAUCUUUAGGCUGCUUCUCCAAAUGUGUUUGGCUACUGAUACUUAUGUGCAAUAGAAGGAUUUGGGGAGAAUGUCGAGAUUCCUUUAGCUGGAUGAGGCGAUCGCCUUGAUGAAUUACUGUCGUUUUUUCUGCAAUAGUGCCCAAAAUUUGGACACCGGCUUUGUGGCUUAGUCGUGCAUCAAGUGCUUUUAUUUAUGGUGACUGCUGUUUUCUGUGAAGGGGAGUAACGAAGCUUAAUUGCUUCACUUCCUUCUGGAUUGUGUGAAAAUGAUCAAGGCUGAAGAGGAAGAGCUUUUCAGAGUUUUGUCAGAUGUUUAAUCUGGUGGGAUUUUCCUGGCGAAACUGAGAGAGGGGUUGUGUGUUUGUCCAACCAGUCAUUAACUUUGUCAGAUUCAGGCGAAACCUCCUCAGAGUUGGACAGAACCGAGUAAGUUUGAAAUCGUUGUUGCGUCCCUGCCACCGUCAUCUCGCUGUCUCUCCUGCUGUAAGGGGAGAGCUCACAAUUUUGCUCUUUCAAAAUAAAAUAAAAACCGAAAUCCCUUUUAAGAGAGUGUCAGUUUAGCUUGGACUGCAUUUUCGAGACAUCUCCCUGAAUGUAGCGUUAGCUGGGGCUGCUUUUUAGAGACAUCCCCCUUCAAUGUAGCAUUAGCCCGGGACUGCUUUUCAGAGAUUUCCCUCUCAGUGUAGCAUUAGCUGGGACUGCUCUCUCCUUCCUGCCUUUUGUAGUCUCUCACUUCCC